AAAUUCAGGUUUUCUGAGUUAAUCCUACACUUAAAGCUACACACACUUGUUUAUACGCGAACAGGCGGUUUAUGGCUAGCUAUUAAUCUCGAAUCUGCGAAUGCGAAAUAAAAGACUUAACAUUCAUCAUUGAGGCUCCGACUGCAGCGCCAUGACAACGAGAUGUUUACAUCAGAUCUUUAUGCGCUUCUGUAGCUGAUACCAGUGUGUCGUCUUAAAUCUUUAAAUAUAACACAAUAUUAAAAUGUAAUUAGAAUAGUAUGUCCGUUUGCUGUUAUUUAUUCAAGUAAACUCUUCCGCCGUUAAAGUUAGAGAGCAGUUUAUCUUGAAAUCAGCGUGUUAACUUCAUAGCUUAGCAUAGCAUAGCAAAGCUAGUUUGCUUGUUUUCCAGUUUAUUUACACUUAGAAAAUGUUAAAAGUUCUAAAAGUGAAAAUUCUUUUAAUUGGCCCUAGUGAGUGUGGGAAGACCGUGUUGGCCAAUUUUCUCUCUGAUACAGUGGAGACAAUCGUAACCGAUUACAGUCCUACACAGGGAGUCAGGAUAUUGGAGUUUGAAUCGCAAAACCUGGGAAGUCUUACCAAAGACAGUGCUUGUGAAGUGGAGCUGUGGGAUUGUGCUGGAGAUUUCAAGUUUGAAACAUGCUGGCCAGCUUUAAUGAAAGACUCCAACGGAGUGGUCAUUGUAUUUAACCCCGAUAUCCCAAGUCACCUAAAGGAAUUAGAGACAUGGCACUCGACGUUCAUCUCGUCUCAAAGCCUACAGGCAGGACAGUGUCUGCUCGUAGCACACCACAAGCCUGGUACUGGAGUAUAUACAUCACGCCCUCAGCUUGCUCCUCAGUUGAACAAGCUGCCUUUCAUUCAUUCCAACCUAGAGGAAGACCCUGAAGGGGUGCGUCAGGAGUUUGGCACGUAUCUAGGAAAUGUUGUGCAGAGCUUGUUGGAAAGUCGCGAUCGUGAGGAGAUGUCCAUUAUAGCAUGACCACCAUUUUUAUAUUCAUAUAUAAUUAUUAUUAUGUUUUGAGACUGUAUUAUAUACUAAUGACAUGUUGGUCUUUAUCAAAAGGGAAGAAUUUAUGCUGUUUCCAUCUAGUGAGAAAAGAACAGGACAAGGGCAACUCAAGUCCAUAUUCAAAUAAAAUAUGCGAAUAUACAUAACAGCCAUUAUGUAUCCCUUGUCUUCCUGUCCCUUUUCAUAUUGUAUGUUUGGACAGGUCGAUGGUAAUGCUAAUUUUGCUGGUACCUGUGACCAGUAACAAUAAAGGCUACAGAUCGAAGACCAA